UUUCACCCGUUUGAGUGAAUGUCAUGUUUGUGAUGCAGGAUCGAUGGACGAGCUGUUAGCGUCGCUGCAGCGAGGACAGACACAGCUGCGGAAGGUCACGGUCAGCACAGAGAGCGGCGACGUCAGGAACAGCCUGCUGUCAGCCAUCCGUCAGGGAGUCACCCUGAAGAAAGUCCCGCCCUCCAGCGGCCCGACGCACAGCUCCAACUCGGAGCUCGAGCGGAGCAUCAAAGCCGCCAUGAUGAGGAUGAAGAAGGUGUCUAACGACUCUGAUGAUGAAGAGCCAUCAGACGCGCCGUCUGGAGACUGGGAAAGUUAAACACGACUGUCUGUGAUUCACAAACACUGCUGCUGGACAACGCCGUUUCAGCUGCCAUUUCUGAUUGCCAUGGCUAACUUCCUUUGCCAAACUUUGGGUUUUUGCACUGAUAUGUCUUGUCGUAGGAAUAUAUAAGUAAUUUUCCAUGAAAAUAUAGCUAGUUGCACUAAACAUUAGAAAUGUGUGAAAAAAAUCUGUGAUCUGUGAACGCUUUCAUUAAAGUGCCUGGUCAAGA